AUGUUGUUGUUGGAGAAGAGGCCUGGCAUCUUGCAACGCGAAGAUGCAAAGAAGAUUAUCCGUAGUUACAACAAAGUAGCCAGAGUUUUGUUGGAAUAUGAAGUGCUUUAUCACAGGGCCUGGAUGCAACAGAUUGAAACUAUCCAGUUUGGUCUUCAAGCAACUUUACUGGUUAAGCAUCCUGACACUGGACAGAUGAUUGUGAACUUUGACCCUGAUCUUACAGUUCUGAUAAGAGAAGCAGAAUGCAUGGUUCGAAUGGGGUUGGAGAUCCCUGAUAAUGCGAAAGCACUUCUACAAAGACGGGAUAUGUUGAAACGGAUGUACAAUAAGCUGCAGCUAUUACUGGAAGAAAACUCCAAAGUACGUGGAAAAAUUAAACAAGUUUAUGAAACCCUUAUUGCACCACAUGUGCAUGAGAUUGAUGAAGCUUUUCAACCGGGUCUUGUAACACUAAACUGGACAUCAUUAAACAAUGACCAUUUUGUGGAUAGUGUGUAUGCAAAAUUAGGGUUAGUUGAUUUACUGAUUUGCAGAGUAAAUGACCUUGUAGAAUAUCGUAUCGAGCGGACCCUGUGGGAUAUGAGCACCAUCUCACUUUGUGAAUUUCCUGAGGAAACACCAUGGACAUGUGAGGAGUUUUUGAGACGCACGCAGGAUAUUUGCACCAAAGGAGCGCAGACAUUGCAAUGUAAAAGUAUGAUGGUGGAAGCAGCAGUGAAUGAACUCAUUAAAAUGCUUUAUGAUGUGGAUUCAGAUGAUGAAAAUGACAUAGAAGAAAAUAAAGGAACAAAAACAUCUAUACAAUCAAGUGCAAUCACCUCUCCUGAUGCUCGUUCAACCUCGGCAGCAAAAAGUCUCCAAGACCCCAAUUUUCUGAAGCACGAAGCAAGAGAAUUACUCAACCAUUUCAGCCAUUGUAACAUGGAAGCUCUUAUUAAGGUUAUCCGCAAUGCCCUGGAGAAGCUGAGAAAAUGCAUGCAGAAUUCAUCCACACUCCUUUAUCAGGAUGCUGAUGCUAGCUUUCAAAUGCAAACCUCACAAGCAAUUCUCCAUGCUGACAUUUGCUUUGCCAUUCCUAACAUUGAGCUGCAUCCCAGUCUGGAAGAAGCCCAGAAUACUUUGAAUAGAGUUUGUGACUGCAUUAUCAAUGUUUCCAAAGGGUUGUCGGUAUGGGGAAAGAAAAGAAUGACAAACAUAAAAAAUAAUGCCCAGGGAAUUGCUGAACUCCGAACAAAUGAUACACAGAUUGACCCUUUCAUUAAUGUUCAUGUAGAUCCUGGUGAAGCCAAUGGUUCAGGUGCAGAUACUGUUGCUGUCCACACCCAGACUAACAAUUACUACAAAAUAAUUUCAGAAAAUAAAGAGGUAGUUAAACUGGUUUCUGUUAUUUCAUCAUCCAUCAUCUCAUUUAGAAAGGACCUGCAAGAGGUUUUGGAAAAGUUGAUCAGCUACUGUCAUAUCUGGAAAAACGAUCGUGAAACAACUCUGAAGAAGUUUAUGAAGGGAAUCCCCUCAAUCUCCGAACUUGAGUUCCAAAUCAAGUUUUACCGCAAUCUGCAGGUCCAAGUUCAAGCUGAACCCAGAGUCAUUUAUAUGGGUCCUUUUGCACUGUAUGCAGAUGAUAUGAAGAUAACCUUGAUGGAAGAAUGCAGAGCUUGGAUGAUUGGGUUUUCUCAAAUCUGUAAUGAAAAAUAUAGGACAAAUCUGGAAAAUAUCUUGAUCUUCAUAGAAGAGACUUCAAGGAAAUUAAAUCGUCCAUUCAAUGACCUGGAUGAUAUUAGAAUAAUUGUAAGUUCUUUGAAAGAGAUACGAGAAAAACAGAUUGAGAUCGAUUUACAAAUUGGACCCAUUGAGGAAUUCUUUGCCAUGCUGAAUAAAUAUGAGAUGCAAGUUGUUAAGGAAGAUUCUGACAGAGUGGAUACAUUGCGAUAUACCUGGGAAAAGCUUCUCAUGCAUGGAACAGCAGUACAGAAUCAGCUAAUUUCUUUACAACCUUCAUUCCGUGCUGAACUGAUCAUCAAUAUGAAAACUUUUUUAGAAGAUUCUGAUACUUUCUUCCAAGACUAUGAAAAGGAAGGACCUAUGCAGCUUGCAUUGUCCCCUCAAGAAGCUAAUGACCAGCUGGUUAUUUAUCAGAAUCGUUUUGACAACCUUUAUCGCAAAUUUAUCACUUGCACUGCUGGAGAGGAGCUCUUUGGGUUGUCAGUUACACAAUGCCCCGAACUGCUGGAGGUAAAAAAGGAGCUGAACCUUUUACAGAAGCUUUAUGGCCUUCACAAUAAUGUGAUCAACACAGUGAACAGCUACUUUGAAGUUCUCUGGGCCGAGGUGAACAUAGAGAAGAUAAACAAUGAGCUGCUGGAUUUUCAGAACAGAUGCCGCAAACUGCCUCGAGGUUUGAAGGAAUGGCCAGCCUACCUUGAUUUAAAGCAGACCAUCGAUGACUUCAAUGAAAGUUGUCCCCUAUUGGAGAUGAUGUCCAAUAAGGCUUUGAUGCCUCGUCAUUGGCGGCGCAUUGGCCACGUCAUGAAACAAGACUUUGACGUUGACAGUGAAACGUUUAAAUUGUCCAACAUUAUGGAAGCCCCACUUCUAAAGUACAAAGAAGAAAUUGAGGAUAUUUGCAUCAGCGCUGUGAAAGAAAAAGAUAUUGAACAGAAGCUGAAGCUAGUCUUAGCAGAGUGGGAUAAUCGAUACUUCACAUUUGCCAACUUUAAAUCACGUGGUGAGCUACUCCUCCGCGGUGACAACACAUCUGAGAUCAUCUCACUUGCAGAAGAUAGUUUAAUGGUUCUUGGUUCCCUCCUGAACAACAGGUACAAUGCUCCAUUUAAAGCACUUAUUCAAAAGUGGGUGCACAACCUAUCCUCCACAAUAGAUAUAAUUGAGAGCUGGUUGACUGUACAAAACCUAUGGGUGUAUCUGGAAGCAGUGUUUGUGGGUGGAGAUAUUGCCAAGCAGCUACCAAAGGAAGCAAAGAGAUUUUCCAAUAUUGACAAGUCAUGGAUGAAGAUAAUGAUUCGUGCCCAUGAGGUCCCUAACGUGGUUCAGUGUUGCAUGGGAGAUGAAGCCAUGGUCCGGCUGCUACCACAUCUUCUGGAGCAACUUGAAAUAUGUCAGAAAUCAUUAACUGGUUACCUGGAAAAGAAGCGGCUGAUAUUUCCAAGAUUCUUCUUUGUAUCAGAUCCCACUCUGCUGGAGAUCCUCGGCCAAGCAUCUGAUUCCCAUACAAUACAAUCUCAUUUGCUUAAUGUAUUUGACAAUAUUAAAUCAGUCCUGUUUCACGAGACGAUCCAUGACCACAUAUUGGCUGCAAUCUCCAGAGAAGGGGACACCAUUGAAUUUGAUAACCCAGUUGUCACAGAAGGGAAUGUGGAAGUUUGGCUGAAUUCACUGCUUAUGGAGUCUCAAAGUUCUCUGCACAGCAUUAUUCGGACCGCUGCUGAAGUAAUACAAGUGGAACGCUUUAAUCUUAUUGAUUUCCUGAAUGGUUUCUGUGCUCAGGUCGGCCUUCUUGGCAUCCAGAUGAUUUGGACCAGAGAUGCACAAGAUGCUUUAAGGCUUGCAAAAGGUGAUUGCAAAAUCAUGCAGACAACAAACCAAUAUUUUCUGGAAAUGCUCAAUAAACUGAUUGGCACAACAACCAAAGAUUUAGAUGUUAAUAAGCGUGUGAAAUAUGAAACUUUAAUUACUAUUCACGUCCAUCAAAGAGAUAUCUUCGAUGAGCUGUGCCGGAUGCAGAUUAAAUCUCCGACUGACUUUGAAUGGUUGAAACAGUGCAGGUUCUACUUCAAUGAAGAUGCUGAUAAAAUGAAGAUAGUGAUUACUGAUGUGGAUUUUACUUACCAAAAUGAGUUUUUGGGAUGCACUGAGAGACUAGUUAUCACUCCCCUCACUGACAGGUGCUACAUCACUUUAGCGCAGGCUAUUGGAAUGAAUAUGGGUGGUGCUCCUACAGGACCAGCUGGCACAGGAAAGACUGAAACAGUCAAAGAUAUGGGCAAGUGUCUUGGCAAGUACGUGGUGGUGUUCAACUGUUCGGACCAGAUGGAUUUCCGAGGCCUUGGCCGAAUCUUCAAAGGACUGUCCCUAUCAGGGUCUUGGGGAUGCUUUGACGAGUUUAAUCGGAUUGACUUGCCUGUACUUUCUGUGGCUGCUCAGCAAAUAGCCAUUAUCCUGACCUGCAAGAAGGAACACAGAAGAAGUUUUGUCUUCACAGACAAUGACACGUUAGACAUUAAUCCAGAGUUUGGCAUCUUCCUUACAAUGAAUCCAGGUUAUGCUGGGAGACAGGAACUUCCUGAAAACCUCAAGAUUAAUUUCCGGUCAGUGGCAAUGAUGGUGCCUGAUCGCCAGAUUAUCAUCCGUGUCAAGCUGGCAAGCUGUGGAUUCAUAGACAAUGUCACCCUUGCUUGCAAGUUCUUUACGCUGUACAAAUUGUGUGAGGAGCAGCUUUCCAAACAGGUGCAUUAUGAUUUUGGACUCCGCAAUAUUUUGUCUGUUUUACGGACACUCGGAGCUGCAAAGCGAGCCAGGCCUGAAGAUACUGAAUCUACGAUCGUUAUGGGAGUCCUUCGAGACAUGAACCUCUCCAAACUGAUUGAUGAGGAUGAACCACUGUUCCUUAGCCUGAUAGAGGAUUUGUUUCCUGGCAUCCGGUUGGAUAAGGCCAGAUAUCUAGAAUUUGAAGCAGCUAUUGACAAACAGAUUGACGAUGGAGGUCUAGUGAAACAUGUAGCUUGGAAACUGAAGGUUAUUCAGUUAUUUGAAACUCAGCGCGUACGACAUGGUAUGAUGACGUUGGGUCCAAGUGGUGCUGGAAAGACGACUUGUAUUCACACCCUCAUGAAGGCAAUGACAGAGUGUGGUCAACCUCACAGAGAGAUGCGAAUGAACCCCAAAGCGAUUACUGCCGCUCAGAUGUUUGGCCGUUUGGAUGUAGCCACCAAUGACUGGACUGACGGAAUAUUUUCAGUAUUGUGGAGAAAAACUCUCAAGGCCAAGAAAGGUGAGCAUAUUUGGCUGGUACUGGACGGACCUGUGGAUGCUAUUUGGAUAGAAAAUCUUAAUUCCGUUCUUGAUGACAAUAAGACUCUUACUUUGGCAAAUGGAGAUCGUAUCCCAAUGGCCUCAAAUUGCAAGAUAGUCUUUGAGCCUCAUAACAUUGACAAUGCUUCUCCAGCCACUGUCUCUCGGAAUGGGAUGGUGUACAUGAGUUCCUCUGUACUUGACUGGAGGCCUAUUUUGGAGAGCUGGUUAAUGUUACGUUCACAACAUGAAGCUCAAAUCCUCAAGGCAUUGUAUGAAACGGUCUUCCCAGAGCUUUAUCGUUUUAGCAUACAGUCCUUAAAUCAAAAGAUGGAAAUGCUUGAAGCCUUUGUCAUUAUGCAAAGUAUUAACAUGUUGGAAGGUCUUCUACCACCAAAGGAGCAGUCUGGCGAGUUCAAUCAGAAGAGGCUGGAACGGCUGUUUAUCUUUGGCCUCAUGUGGAGUAUUGGUGCCACUCUAGAGUUGGAUGAUAGAAGAAAGAUGGAAUAUUGGCUGAGAAAUCAUGCUUCUAUCAAAUUAGAUAUGCCCGAAAUGUCUUACCUUGGUGAUGAAGAAACAAUGUUUGACUACCUCGUGGACCCCAAUGGGAAUUGGUUACACUGGAGCACGCAAGUGGAGGAGUACAUUUAUCCGCUAAACGCCAUUCCAGAAUAUGGAUCGAUCCUUGUGCCAAAUGUUGACAAUGUCAGGACAAGUUUUCUUAUUGAUAUUGUUGCUAAACAGCACAAGGGUGUACUUUUGACUGGCGAACAAGGAACUGCUAAGACAGUCAUCAUAAAAAGCUACCUAUCCAAAUAUAAUACUGAGACUCGCCUGCAGAAGAGCCUUAAUUUUUCCUCAGCCACUACACCUCUCAUGUUUCAGAGAACUGUUGAAAGUUAUGUGGACAAAAGGAUGGGAAAUGUUUAUGGACCUCAAGCUGGAAAAACAAUGACUGUGUUUAUAGAUGAUAUCAGCAUGCCUAUUGUUAAUGAGUGGGGUGAUCAGGUAACCAAUGAAAUUUUGAGGCAGCUGAUAGAACAGAAUGGAUUCUAUAGCCUGGAGAAGCCAGGAGAGUUCACACAUAUUGUGGACAUGCAGUUUAUUGCUGCAAUGAUCCAUCCUGGCGGAGGACGGAAUGAUAUUCCUCAAAGGCUGAAGAGGCAUUUUGCCAUAUUUAAUUGUACAUUGUCUUCAAACAUCUCCAUUGACAAAAUCUUUGGUGUGAUUGCAGUGGGACAUUUCUGCAAGCAACGGAGGUUCACUGAGGAGGUUGCAGCUUUGGCAGCUCAACUUGUUCCCAUCACACGCAAACUCUGGCAACUUGUCAAAGUGAAGAUGCUUCCUACACCAGCAAAAUUUCAUUAUGUGUUCAAUUUACGGGACCUCUCCAGAAUCUGGCAAGGCAUGCUCAUCACCACUGCAGAGGUCAUUCAUUGUAAAGAGAUUCUUCUGAAGCUCUGGCAACACGAAUGUACCCGAGUAGUGGCUGAUCGUUUUACAAGCUCCGAGGACUGUGAAUGGUUUCAUAAAACGCUGAUGGAUGUGGCUGCUGAAGAAUUUGGGGAAGAAAUGAGGAGUGUCAUGAGUGCAGAAGAGACUGAAAACUUCUUUAUAGAUUUCCUGCGUGACCCACCCGAAGCUACAGGAGCGGAACCAGAGGACAAAGAAUAUGAGAUGCCGAAAGUGUAUGAGGCUGUGGAAUCUUUGGAAGUCUUAAAAGAGAGAAUGAAUCUUUUCAUGUUCCUUUACAACGAGACAGUACGAGGGGGGCAUCUGGACUUGGUCUUCUUUGAAGAUGCCAUAAUUCACCUGGUCAAGAUAUCGCGCAUCAUCAGAACACCUCGGGGCAAUGCUCUGCUUGUUGGUGUGGGUGGUUCGGGUAAACAGAGCCUAACAAGACUCACUUCAUUUAUUGCUGGGUACCAGACAUUCCAAAUCACUCUCACCAGAUCAUACAGUACCUCAGACCUGUUGGAAGAUCUGAAGACUCUGUACAAAACAGCUGGACAGGACGGAAAUGGAGUAACCUUUAUUUUUACCGACAAUGAAAUCAAGGAUGAGGCUUUUCUGGAGUAUUUGAACAAUGUGCUUUCCUCUGGAGAGGUUUCAAACCUCUUUAAUCGAGAUGAAAUGGAUGAAAUUUGCAAUGAUCUUGCACUUGCAAUGAAGCAACAGUUUCCUAGACGACCCCCAACUAAUGAAAACCUGUACGAUUAUUUCAUGUGCCGAGUGCGGCAGAACUUGCACGCCGUGCUUUGUUUCUCACCAGUUGGAGAAAAGUUCCGAAAUCGAGCGCUGAAAUUCCCAGCACUGAUUUCUGGUUGCACCAUGGAUUGGUUCAGUCGCUGGCCAAAGGAUGCUCUCAUUGCAGUAUCUGAACACUUCUUGUCCUCAUUUGAGAUCGACUGCAGCCUGGAGGUGAAGCAGGAAGUGGUGGAGUGCAUGGGUACUUUCCAGGAUGGUGUAGCAGAGAAAUGUGUCUUGUACUUUGAAAGGUAUCGCCGUUCAACCCAUGUUACACCCAAGUCAUAUCUGUCCUUCAUUCAGAGCUAUAAAGUCGUGUACCAGGAGAAACAAUCGGAGCUGCAGACUAUGGCAGAGAGAAUGAAGACUGGUUUGCAGAAGUUGAAGGAAGCUUCGGAAUCUGUUGUAGCCCUUAGCAAAGAACUGGAAAUAAAAGAAAAAGAGCUUAAAAUCGCCAAUGACAAGGCUGACAUGGUUCUUAAAGAGGUGACUGUGAAAGCUCAGGCAGCGGAGAGUGUGAAAAUGGAAGUACAAAAAGUCAAAGACCUCGCCCAGAUGAUUGUGGACGGCAUAUCUGCAGAUAAGGCAGUGGCUGAGAAAAAGCUUGAAGCUGCCAGACCUGCAUUGGAGGAAGCUGAGGCAGCCCUGCAGACAAUUAAACCAGCUGACAUAACCUUAGUGCGGACUCUCGGGCGUCCGCCUCAUUUGAUCAUGAGGAUAAUGGACUGUGUGCUGCUGCUGUUGCAAAGGAAACUGAACCCUAUAAGACUUGAUGUGGAGAGGAACUGCGUUAUACCAUCAUGGCAGGAAUCACUGAAGUUCAUGGCAGGAAACCCUCUCCAAGCACUGCAGCAAUUUCCUAAAGACACCAUCAAUGAAGAGACGGUUGAACUGCUCUGUCCCUAUUUUCAAAUGCCGGAUUAUAACAUUGAUGUGGCCAGACGGGUUUGCGGUAAUGUUGCUGGUCUUUGCUCCUGGACUCGAGCCAUGGCCUACUUCCAUGAGAUAAAUAAAGAAGUCUUGCCUCUUCAGGCCAACCUUGCUGUACAGGAAAGUCGCCUGGCCAUUGCCCUGGAGGAUCUGAAGAAGGCUCAGUGUGAGCUUGAUGCCAAGCAGGCUGAGCUUGAUACUGUGCAGAUGGAAUAUGAGCAAGCAAUGAGAGAGAAACAGACACUACGAGAGGAUGCUGAACGCUGCCGGCAGAAGAUGCAAAUGGCUUCAAGUCUGAUCGAUGGUCUGUCAAAUGAGAAAGAACGCUGGACUGAGCAAGGCAAAGAAUUUGCUGCUGAGGAGAAAAGACUUGUGGGUAAUGUUCUCGUGGCUACAGCUUUCUUAUCCUACUCUGGUCCUUUUAACCAGGAAUUCAGAAACCAGUUGUUAAGCAAAUGGCAGCAAGAAAUAACAUUACGUAAUAUCCCUUUCACCACACAUCUGAAUGUCUCGGAGAUGCUUGUUGAUGGUCCCACGGUUGGAGAAUGGAAUUUACAAGGCCUUCCGAAUGACGACUUCUCAAUACAAAAUGGAAUAAUUAUUACAAAGGCAGCUCGCUAUCCUCUGUUAAUUGAUCCUCAGGCUCAGGGGAAGACCUGGAUAAAGAACUAUGAAGCUAAAAAUGAGCUUCAGGCAACAUCACUGAAUCAUAAGUAUUUCAGAAAUCAUUUGGAGGACUGCCUUUCACUUGGUAGGCCAUUAUUAAUUGAGGAUGUCGGAGAUGAAUUGGAUCCAGCACUAGACAAUGUGUUGGAGAAAAACUUCAUUAAAACUGGCUCAACACAUAAGGUGAAAAUAGGAGACAAGGAGACAGAGAUCAUGAAUGGUUUCAGACUGUACAUCACCUCAAAAUUGGCAAACCCUGCUUUUACCCCUGAAAUAAGUGCCCGGACUUCAAUUAUUGAUUUCACUGUCACCAUUAAAGGUCUGGAGGAACAGCUGUUGGGACGAACCAUUCUCACUGAGAAGCAGGAACUGGAGAGAGAGAGAACAAACCUGAUGGAGGAUGUGACUGCAAAUAAAAGAAAGAUGAAGGAGUUAGAAGAUAAUCUCCUUUACCGUUUAACAACCACCCAGGGUUCCCUGGUGGAUGACGAAAGCCUCAUCAUAGUGCUUCGAAAUACGAAGCAGACAGCUGAAGAGGUAACAAAGAAGCUGAAGACAGCAGCUGAGACAGAAAUGCAAAUUAACAGUGCCAGAGAAGAGUACAGACCAGUUGCUACAAGAGGCAGCAUUCUUUAUUUCCUGGUUGUUGAGAUGAGUAUGGUGAACGUGAUGUAUCAGACAUCUCUGCGGCAAUUCCUUGGGAUCUUUGACCUAUCAUUAGUCAGAUCCAUCAGAAGCCCAUUCACCAGCAAGAGAAUAGUGAGCAUCAUUGAUUAUAUGACAUAUGAGGUCUAUGCCUACACAGCUCGUGGGUUGUACGAACAACACAAAUUCCUUUUCACGCUUCUGCUCACAUUGAAAAUUGACAUGCAGAGCCACAAGGUUAAGCAUGAAGAAUUUUUCACUCUCAUAAAAGGUGGUGCCUCACUGGAUCUCAAAACCUGUCCUCAAAAACCCGCCAAGUGGAUUCUUGAUAUGACAUGGCUAAAUCUAGUUGAACUCGGUAAACUUCAUCAGUUUAGAGACAUCCUUGUCCAGAUUGGUGAAAAUGAGAAGCAGUGGAAAAGUUGGUUUGAUAAAGAUGCACCAGAAGAGGAAACGUUUAUGCCUAAUGAUUACCAUCAAUCUCUGGAUUGCUUUCGCAAACUUUUAUUAGUCCGAUCCUGGUGUCCAGACAGAACAAUUGCACAGGCUCGUAAGUAUAUCAUGGACUCUCUAGGCAAGAGAUACGUAGAAGGUGUCAUCCUGGAUCUUGAAAGGAGCUGGGAGGAGACUGAACCCAGGACCCCACUCAUCUGUUUCCUCUCCAUGGGAUCGGAUCCGACAGAUCGCAUCAUUGCUCUUGGAAAGAGACUGAAAAUCGAGACUCGCAGUGUGUCCAUGGGCCAGGGCCAAGAGAUGCAUGCACGCAGAUUACUACAGCAUACCAUGACAAGUGGAGGUUGGGCUUUACUGCAGAAUUGCCACCUAGGACUGGAUUUCAUGGAUGAAUUGAUGGAUACAGUCACAGAAACUGAAACUAUACAGGAUUCAUUUCGACUCUGGAUAACUACUGAAGUUCACAAGAACUUUCCUAUUACUCUGCUGCAAAUGUCCAUAAAGUUUACCAAUGAAAUACCACAAGGAUUAAAAGCUGGAUUGAAACGCACAUUCUCAGGUGUCACCCAAGACCUACUAGAGAUCAGUAACAUGCCACACUGGAAAUUUAUGUUGUAUGCAGUAGCUUUCCUUCAUUCUGCUGUGCAAGAAAGACGCAAGUUUGGACCUCUUGGGUGGAACAUCCCUUAUGAGUUUAAUCAAGCUGACCUAAAUGCAACAAUCCAGUUUGUGCAAAACCAUCUUGAUGACCUGGAUGGCAAAAAGGGCGUGUCGUGGAAUACAAUUCACUACAUGAUUGGAGAGAUCCAGUACGGAGGACGUGUCACGGAUGAUUACGACAAGCGACUUUUAAACACAUUUGCUAACGUGUGGUUCAGUGAAAAUAUGUUCAAACCAAACUUCUGUUUUUAUAAGGAUUACACCAUCCCGAACUCCACAACACCAGAACAAUAUAUACAGCACAUACAGAGCCUACCAGCAUAUGACACCCCAGAGGUCUAUGGUCUUCACCCAAAUGCUGAUAUUACUUAUCAAAGCAAACUUGCCCAAGACGUUCUAGAUACAAUUCUUAACAUCCAGCCAAAGGAUAGCUCAGCAGAGGAUGGUGAAACCCGGGAGGCUGUUGUUGCCCACAUUGCCGAUGAUAUGUUGAUGAAGUUACCUCCUAAUUACAUUGUUUAUGAAGUUAAAAACAGGUUAGCAAAGAUGGGUGCUAUUCAGCCAAUGAAUAUCUUCCUCCAUCAGGAAAUCGAUCGAAUGCAGAAAGUUAUUUCAUUGGUGCGCAGCACGUUAAUGGAUCUGAAGCUGGUCAUCGACGGUACAAUUAUUAUGAGUGAAAACUUGCGGGAUGCACUCGACUGCAUGCACGACGCUCGUAUACCAGCCAGGUGGCUUAAGGCAUCUUGGACCUCAAGCACGCUGGGAUUCUGGUUCACCGAACUAUUGGAAAGGGAUCGUCAGUUCCAUUCUUGGAUAUUCGAAGGGAGGCCAAAUAGUUUCUGGAUGACGGGUUUCUUCAACCCUCAAGGCUUCCUUACAGCUAUGAGACAGGAAGUUACACGAAUUCAUAAGGGCUGGGCUCUGGACAGUGUAGUGCUUCACAGUGAUGUAACGAGAAUAUCAAAGGAAGAUAUUACCCAAUCUCCUUCUGAGGGAGUCUAUGUCUUUGGCCUUUAUCUAGAAGGUGCAGGAUGGGAUCGGCGCAACCACAGAUUGACAGAAUCCAAACCAAAAGUUCUGUUUGAAAUGUUGCCCAUAAUUCAUAUCUCUGCUAUAAACCACCACGAUUCUAAAGAUGUACGGGUGUAUUCCUGUCCUGUCUACAAAAAGCCAGUAAGAACUGAUCUGAAUUACAUUGCCUCUGUCGACUUGAAAACGAUGCGCCCACCUGAUCACUGGAUACUGAGAGGUGUUGCAUUGCUCUGUGAUGUGAAGUAGGAAGUUUACUUGACAGUCUAAUGGUAAAGAUUCAGGCGGAAAAUGAAGAUGAAGAGGAAACUACAUUGACCAGAAGUUAACAAUGCGAUACAAGAGUAACCGUAUUCCAAUUGACCAUUACCCAACUUCAAAGUAAGAAAUCCAAAUUCAAAG